AUGGCGUCAGGGCCACCACGUCCUCCGCAAUAUGUCGCCGAUCUUAAGGCCAAUUGUCCUCUCAUAAGGACGUCUCAUAUUGCCCCAUCCAGAACGACUCGAGCAUUCCACGACAUCGUGGUAGCGCAUUUCAGCCCUCCUUUGUUUCCUCGUUUCACUAGUAUUCCCAUUUUCAUAGGUUUGCAGAGCAUUGGGCAAAAAUCAACCGUUUAGUCGAGAUUCUUUGGAGACCCGAUUUGAAACUUUCAUUUUUCUUGAAAAAGUUCUUUAAAAUGUUCUCCAUACAAGUGUUUUACGUCAAAGUCUGUCAAACGAAUUUAAAUUUCCUGAGUGGCUGAAUGACCCUGAAACUAUUGAAACCGUAAGUUAUUUUUCGGGUCGAUUCAAUUAUAAAGUUAAAAGCUCAUUAGAUGUGAUGUUGUCGUGCUUUUCGAAGUGUCAAUUUGUAAUUAAAGUUCAAAAAAAAAGAAAAUCACCUGUUUUUCCAACUUAUCUUUUUCAACCACCAUUUCUCCGGGUUUUCUACUUGAUUAGAAAACUUUAACUCAGCUAUAAUAAAUUCAAUUUGAACAAAAUAGAGAAUUUUACAGUCCUUUUUUUCUUAAUUGAUUAUUAAAUUCUCAGAAAAUAUUCAUUGAAAACGUUUCGGAUACACAUAACAGGAACUAAAUCGGAAACUAUCUCACUUUCUCUACCAGUCAUGUGCGACCUCCGAAACACUCCUUGGCUAAUUUUGCACGGAAAAAAGGAUGUUUUUUUUUGUCUGUUCUGGCUGAAUGAUGCCAGGGUGAAAUGUGCCGACCUCUAAGUUUAUACAGAGCGUGUUUCGCCCACGUUCCGCAGCAUAUGGUUUGAAUUCCGCUCCUUCCGAUUUUUUUUCUGUUGAAGUUUAUGUCUUACGUUACCUCUUCUCAUCUUCUUGAUGUUCUUUUUGAUACACGGCCUUUUUGAAAAUGGAGAUUUUUUUUUGUUUGAAGUUGUCCUUCUUUUCUUUUUGCCACUAAUCUCAGUGGACCGGCACUUUUCUGACUGGAAAUGUGAAAAUUGUUCGUGAAGUUCAAAUUUAUUUUUUCGAUUCCUGGGGCUUUCAAAAGGCUUUCACAAAAACUUGGUAACCAAGUGGUGAACAAACUGUAUGCCUUUGAAAAAGACGCGUUGAGCACUCUCAACUUUCAUGAAUAAAAGCCUAAUUUUCCCAAAAAAAAACCUGAGCGAUAAAGAGAAACUUUUCUGUUUCUCAAAAUUCUGUCAUUCAAAAAACGUCGGCCUUCUUUUUCAACCCCGAAAGGUAUGCCAGUGGGAAAGACCUGGAAAACUUAAGUGAGGCUAUUAAAGCGAGAAGACGAGAAAGGCCAAACGGUGAUCACCCUUGGACGCAUAAAAGUGUUUUGUGAAACGGCUCUUGUGCACACAAGUUAAAGCGAAACUGGCCAAAUAUCGCGUUUCAGUUGCACGUCAUCCUCGACAUGGAGGCGUUUUGCAACCCCGAGAAGCGCAACUCCACCGACGAGUUCGGCGAGGACCUCAGAAGAAUCGAAGUGAUUUUCGCCUAUGCCCAGGUUUCUAAGAAAGAUCUACUGAUUCCAAUGAAGAAGUUGAUUUCAGCUCACGUUUUGUAUCAUUGGGGUGACGGGGAACAUUUUGAAUCUCAGAACUCUGCAGAGCCCUUCUCUUCAAACUGUACCUUUUAUGUACAUACGUUCCCUUGCUGUUUUUGACUUGGUUUGUUUUUUCAGCUUCAAGAAAGUCUGGAAACAAAAUAAUUACCUGGCUAUUUUUUGAAAAUGUUGUCAGUUAAGUCGUAAAGUUAUUAACAUUGCAGAUAGUAAUUGGAAUACAACCUUUUCAAUCAAUGGAAUUUCGAUAGAAAAGCCCUUGAAACUAUUUUCUGAAAAAGUCAUUCACAACAUUAUUCAUUUUUCAGAUCUCAUUGUCUUGUAUCAUUUUUUUCAUUUUAUUAUCAUGGAAUGGAGAAUGUCAUGGACGCUUAUGA